GUCACACACGUAUGACAGAAUAAUAGGAAGAAUUUACUGAACAACCGCCAGCCUUUCCAAGUUCGUUCAAGUUGUCAUUUGUGAGCUUGCUGUCUUCGGACAUCUGCAGCAGUUUAACGUGAGUGCCUUGAGAGACAUUUCCGGUUCCAAACAAGGUAAAUAAACAGUUAUUUUCCAAGCUAAAAGCUAAAGGCUAAUCAUGCUGGUGCGUAAGGUGACUCAGAAUGCGGCGCUGUGUAACGCUGUGCUCCGACUGCCCCAGUCCGUGUCUGGGACACCGCGCCAAGCAGGAGCUGUCGUAGCUGUGCAAGGUCUGCGUCGUUAUGUUAGCCAGAGCACCGAGGCAGUAUUGGAGAAGUCAGCAGCCAGCAGUGAUGUUGGCACCAAGGCUGAAAGAGUGGACAAGAAGGCUGUCGCUAUGGAGUCAAAAUCCUUUGCAGUGAACAUGUUUAAAGGGCAGAUCAGUACUUCACAGGUGUUCCCCUUUCCCACAGUGCUAAAUGAGGAGCAGUCUGAGUUUCUAAGGGAGUUGGUCGGACCUUGUUCAAAGUUCUUUGAUGAGGUGAAUGACCCAGCUAAGAAUGAUCAACUAGAGAAGGUAGAGGACAAAACCAUGGAGGGGUUAAAGGAGAUGGGAGCUUUUGGCUUGCAGGUACCUGCUGAACUGGGUGGCGUCGGCCUCAAUAACACACAGUAUGCCAGGCUGGUGGAGAUUGUGGGCAUGCAUGACUUGGGUGUGGGCAUUACUCUUGGUGCGCACCAGUCUAUCGGUUUUAAAGGUAUUCUCCUCUUCGGCAACAAGCAACAGAAGGAGAAGUACCUUCCCAAGCUGGCUUCAGGUGAACAUAUUGCUGCAUACUGUCUGACUGAGCCAUCUAGUGGCUCAGAUGCUGCCUCUAUUAGGUCUGUUGCUGUGCCCUCACCCUGUGGAAAGUACUACACCCUUAACGGAAGCAAAAUUUGGAUUAGCAAUGGAGGUCUGGCUGACAUCUUUACCGUGUUUGCUAAGACUCCAGUGAAAGAUGAGAAAACUGGAGAAAUGAAGGACAAGAUCACUGCUUUCAUUGUUGAAAGAAACUUUGGAGGAGUCACAAAUGGCCCUCCCGAGAAGAAGAUGGGCAUCAAAGCCUCAAACACUGCAGAGGUGUACUUUGACAAUGUCCGUGUUCCAGCGGAGUGUGUUCUGGGUGAAGUUGGAGGAGGAUUUAAAGUGGCCAUGAAUAUUCUCAACAACGGGCGCUUUGGCAUGGCUGCAGCGCUCGCAGGAACCAUGAAGGGUGUUAUGGCUAAAGCGGUGGACCACGCUGCCAACAGGACACAGUUCGGUAACAAAAUCCACAACUAUGGAGUAAUACAAGAGAAAAUUGCCAGAAUGGCCAUGAUGCAGUAUGUCGCAGAGUCAAUGGCCUACAUGGUGAGUGGGAACAUGGACAGUGGAGCAACAGAUUUCCAAAUCGAGGCUGCCAUCAGUAAAAUCUUUGCCUCUGAAGCAGCAUGGACUGUGACUGAUGAGUCUAUUCAGAUUAUGGGCGGAAUGGGUUUCAUGAAGGACUCUGGUGUUGAGAGGGUGAUGAGAGACCUGAGAAUCUUCCGUAUCUUUGAGGGCACCAAUGAUAUUCUGAGACUCUUUGUGGCACUCAAUGGCUUCCAGAAUGCAGGAAAUCAGCUGAAGGAUUUGCAAAAAGCUCUGAAAAGUCCAUUCAGCAAUGCUGGUUUGUUGGCUGGCGAGAUCACCAAACGUGCCAAAAGAAAGGCUGGCAUGGGUACAGGCCUUACGCUGCAGGGAAGCAUCCAUCCAGAACUGGCUCACAGUGGUGAUCUGACAGUGAAAGCCAUCGAGCAGUUCGGGGCGGUGAUUGAAGAACUGCUUCUAAGGCAUGGCAAAAGAAUCAUUGAUGAGCAGUUUGUGCUGGAUAGAGUUGCAGACUGUGCUAUUGACUUAUAUGCUAUGGUUGUGGUGCUGUCUAGGGCCUCUAGAUCCUUGAGUCAGGGUCACUCAUCUGCCCAGCAUGAGAAGAUGCUGUGUGAAACCUGGUGCACUGAGGCUCAUGACAGAAUCAUGAGAGAUAUCAAGUUCUUGAGGUCAGGCACAUCCAAGCAGAUCUUCAAGAACCUGCGUGCCAUUUCUGCAGCUGUAGUAGAGAAUGGCGGAGUGGUUUCUGCUAAUCCCUUAGGCUUUUAAAAAACAUUUUUUCAUCCUCAACUGUCUUCUACUGCCAUCAGCCAGUCGUAAUCUAAUUAGGAAUUUAUAUUUUAGGCUCAGUGCUCCCAAGCUGGGCAAGUGGAGCAACCUCGUGGAUAGAUGGAUAGAUAAUUACUUUAUUCAUCUCCAUGAGAAAAUUCAUGUACCACUAAAAGGCUUACUAGUACCAGUCUGUUAACUUAAUAAUUAAUAAACUGAAUCAUCAAAGACAAGAAAAGUAUGUUUUUGAAUAAGAAAUGUUUUGGAAGUGUUUUUGUCUGUAACUGGUGUGUACAGAACAUAAGACAUUGACUAAUCAAAAAGGGAUUGAAGGGAUUUUAACUGUUAUCUUGCUGUAUAAUUGUAUAGUUAUGUUGGGCCUGGUUCACCAUUGUUUUUCCCAUCAACAAUACUCACCGUACAUAAGGCUUUAUAUUUUUAAUGUAAACUAGGACUGUCUUUGGGAGUUUUGUUUCUAAUGUAUUUUUUGCAUAAUGACUAUCCCUUGAAGCCUUCUUGCAGUCAAGCUGUUUGGAAAAAAUAGCUGUAAGUCAUUUGGGUGUUUUUUGUAUUUGGUUCAUCACAAAUAUCCUCUAUCCUGUACUCUAAGGUACUGAACUGUCAAUGUGCAUAACAGUAUAAUUCCUUUUAUUUUGCCUAUUGUAUUACAUGUAGGAUUUUCUGUUCCUGUUGUGCACAAUGCCUGAAGAUCUACAUAUCUGUAAAAUCAGUAGUGAAAGCCUUAAUUGUACUCCAUCUGUUUGUCUGUUUAGAACAGAAAUUGCAGAACUUAAGCAAUAUGUUUAUUACAAAAUAACAGGACUACACACAAAUGCAUAAAAUUGAUCAGUGCCUGAAAUACACUUAAAGUAAAAUAAGAUUUGUUUGAAAUGUCAACAGCUUUUUGCAAGAUGUUUUACAAUGUACCAGUGUCUCUUGGUUAAAAAUAAAUAAACUUGACAUUAUUAAAUAAAUGAAAAAUUAAAGAGAA